AUAAAUAUAUAAAGCAAUAAAAAUAAAAUAAAAUAAAAAUGGUUACAAGACUUAAACAUUCAAGAAAAUUAAGAGGACACGUUUCACAUGGUCACGGAAGAAUUGGAAAGCACAGAAAGGGAGGUUGUAGAGGUGGUCGUGGUUUAGCUGGUGGUAUGCAUCAUCACAGAAUUUUGAUGUAAAAAUGGCAUCCUGGAUAUUUUGGUAAAAAAGGAAUUAGAACUUUCCAUUACAAUAAAAAUGCUCAUCAUUAACCUGUUGUUAACAUUGAUAAAUUAUGGUCUUUAGUUUCUGAAGAAACCAGAACAAAAUACGCUUUAGUUAAAGAUAAGGCACCUGUUAUUGACGUAACAAAAGCUGGUUUUUUCAAAGUUUUAGGUAAGGGAAGACUUCCAGCCUAACCUGUUGUUGUUAAAGCUAAAUUUUUCUCUAAAACAGCUGAAAGAAGAAUUAAGGCUGUAGGUGGAGCUUGUGUUUUAAUUGCUUGAUUUCGAAAAACAAUAUAUUUAUUAUAUUUUAAAAUAAUUAUUUUGAUGUUUGUUUUAUGAAUAUGUUUGUUUUUUAUAUUUAUUUUUCUAUUUAAACGCAUAUAAACGAAAAUUUAAUUU